AUGCCCUCGCAGGCAGGCUUAGGUGAAGCAUCUUCAGAGAUCACGUCAAGCUCUACGGGCGUGUGUGGAGGCUUAAAUUCUAGAAGAUCAUGUUCGAAGACUUGCAUUGUUAAAGUGUACCCGAAGACACGACCAGAGCAGGCAGUCCGGAUGUACGCAAUGCUUGACGACCAGAGCAAUAGAUCUCUGGCCAGGCCAGAAUUCUUCGAGCGCUUUGGUAUUCGUGCAGGUGAAUAUCCGUACACACUGAGGACCUGCGCCGGCGUGGUGGAAACGACAGGGAGACGAGCAAGUGGCUACGUAGUCGAGAGCCUCACAUCCAAAAAACGGCUAGAUCUACCCACGCUGAUUGAGUGUGAUGAGAUUCCAAACAACAGGCAUGAAAUUCCAACGCCAGACGUUGCACGAAGACAUCCCCAUCUCAAAGCACUGGCCAGCCUCAUUCCACCAAUGGACCCCGAAGCGCAGAUCCUGCUCCUUAUAGGCCGGGACCUUGUUCAGGCCCAUAAAGUGCGCCAGCAACGGAAUGGACCCAACGACGCUCCUUUCGCCCAGAAGCUGGACCUCGGGUGGGUCAUAGUUGGUGACGUCUGUGUCGACAGAUUACGCACACCAGAGAAGGUCGACGCUUUCGCUACAACUGUACUGGGGAAUGGACGUCCGUCUUCCUUCAUGCCAUGUCACAAUCACGUUCUCGCAAAGGAAAACCUGAGUUGUCAGCAUCCCAACAGAGAAGCCGUGCUGCCUGGUAUAUCGCCACCGAGUAAUGAGGCAGUGGACCCGCUAUUCCAGACAACAAGGGAGGACGAAACCUUUGCUCCGUCUGUGGAAGACCAAGAAUUCUUGAAUCUUAUGGACAGAGAAUUCCGUAUGGACGCAUUGGGCAACUGGGUGGCCCCCCUGCCGUUUCGUACACCUAGACGUAAGCUUCCUGACAACCGAGAACAAGCACUAUCUAGGUUCAACUCGCUACGUCGCACCCUGGAUAGAAAACCGGAGAUGAAGCAGCACUUUGUUGCCUUCAUAGAAGAUCUGCUGAAAAAUGGUCAUGCUGAGCCGGCUCCACCAAGGGACGAAUAUAAAGAGUACUGGUAUCUUCCCAGCUUUGGCGUCUACCACCCACAGAAACCGGGCCAGAUCCGCGUCGUGUUCGGCUCCAGCGCCAAACACCAAGGCAUUUCGCUAAAUGACCUGCUUCUUUCGGGACCGGACAUGACUAACAGCUUGGUCGGAGUUUUACUCCGCUUCAGGAAGGAAGCCUUCGCUGUAACCGCAGAUAUCCAGCGCAUGUUCUAUUGCUUCUUCGUACGUGAAGAGGACAGGGACUACCUGCGGUUUCUUUGGUUCCGUGAUAACGAUACCAGCAGCGAAGUUAUCGAGUACAGAAUGUGCGUGCACGUCUUCGGAAACACGUGUUCCCCAGCCAUUGCGACAUACGGUUUGAGACGAACCGCAAAAGAAGCAGAGCCGGAAUUCGGAGCUGACGUCCGCCGCUUUGUCGCAAGAGACUUUUACGUGGACGACGGCCUCAUAUCUCUGUCAACCGAAAAGGAGGCCAUCGAACUCCUGAAAAGGACGCAGAAGAUGUUGAUGGGUGCCAACUUACGCCUCCAUAAGUUUGCUUCAAAUUCGGUUGGUGUCAUGGAUGCCUUCCCAUCGGAAGACUACGACAACGACCUAAAAAACUUGGACCUAAGCGGCGGGAACUUACCCAUACAGCGGAGUCUCGGUCUAAACUGGAAUUUGAGGGCCGAUACAUUCACCUUCAGAGUGCCUGCAAGGGACACUCCGAGCACAAGGAGGGGCGUGCUGUUGACCGUGAAGAGCCUUUACGACCCUUUGGGAAUGACAGCUCCGGUAACCGUACAGGGCAGACUCCUGCUUAGGGAGCUAACUUCAUGCGCCACAGACUGCGAUGCCCCACUCGUGCUGGACGACAAAUGGCAAACAUGGAAGGACUCGCUUCGCGCCCUUGAGCGACUCGAAAUACCACGCCAGUACGUUGCUGAAUCCGUCACCAAUGCUCGUAGACGAGAGAUCUGCGUGUUCUCCGACGCUUCAGAGAAGAUAAUAGCCGCUGUGGCCUACAUCAGGGUUACAGAUUCCAAGGGGACGCCGCACACCAUCCUGAGGCUGGAGCUAUGUGCCGCUGUGCUUGCCGUCGAAAUCGCUGAGCUGGUGGUCAACGAAAUCGACGUUCACAUCGAAGACGUCAGGUACUACACGGACAGCAAGGUUGUGCUUGGGUACAUCUGUAACCAGUCGAGGCGCUUCUACCUAUAUGUCAGCAAUCUCGUCAACAGAUUAAGGAGGUCCACGAAACCCGAACAGUGGCACUACGUCCCGACUGACCAGAACCCUGCGGACCACGCCACUGGACCAGUUGCUGCGGCAGCUCUCACGCGUACAACCUGGCUCACAAGACCCAAAUUCCUUCACGAACGCUCGAGUACGGAGCCGGCAAGCGCAGCUUUCCCGCUCCACCAGCCAGAGGUCGACCCUGAUAUACGGCCACAAGUCUCCGUCUCUGCAACUUUCAUGAUGAACCAACAACUGGGUACUCAUCGCUUCAAGCGCUUUUCGUCAUGGACGUCACUUGUAAAGGCCUUAGCGAGUCUCGUACACAUCGCUCGGUCGUUUCUGAACCCAUCACCCACUUGUCACGAAUGGCACCAUUGCAACAAACCUCGAACCGCGGAAGAACUAGCGCAUGCUAAAAAGGUCAUCCUGCGUAGUGUCCAACACGAGGAAUUCGCAGAGAUCACCGUUCGGCUUCGCACAGACGUACCUCAACGAAAACACUUCUCAACCAAACGCUCUCUGUGGAAGCUCGAUCCUUAUAUCGACAACGACGACCUGUUAAGAGUUGGCGGGCGCUUACGGAAUGCAAACAUGAACGAGGAAGAAAACACCCGCUUAUUGUUCCCGGUCGGCACCACGUUGGUUUACUACUGCUUCGGCACAGUCAUGAGAUGGUCGUCAAGCAUCAGGGAAGGCACUUCACGGAAGGGGCUGUUAGAGCCGCUGGCUUCUGGAUUAUCGGCGGAAAAAGAUGUAUAA